GACUGAUCCUUCGCUUAUCUUAUGGGAAAAUUUAGGGGUUAGCAUGAAACAGAGAUGUCUCAGGAUCUCCCUUAUCGCCUUUGUCAGCUUCCUACUUAUGAUAGCUACCUUUAUAAUCAUUGUUUUUAGUAGGAGUGUUGAGCAUAGCUUGAGAGACGACUACGGAUCAGGAAGUUGUCCUAAAUUCGAUAUUGAUCAAGAGGACGCACUCCAGGACCAGCUUAAAGAAUCUAAAGAACGGUCAGGCCUGAUGCACUGCUAUUGUGUUCAGCAGUUUGAUGAUAAAGGCUAUGAUGUUCGUAAUAUAGAAUUCUCAAAUGGAAAUCAUUACUGUAAUGACUGGGUUGUUAAAUAUAGCCUUAACAACGCUAUGAUAUGGGGAGUAGUAUUUAUGAUCUCACUCAUCAAUGUCUACCUUAAAGUAAUUCUUAGAAUCAUCUCAGUCCACGAGAGACGUCAUGACAAGACAGAUUUGGUGAUCUCUAAUACCUUCAAGAUGUUCUUCGUACAGUUUUUUAACACAGCAAUUAUCAUUCUGAUCGUGAAUGCCAACAUAAAAUUUAUGCCUUCAUGGUCUCCGAUCUUUAAUGGUGAAUACAAGGAUUUCACAACUGACUGGUACAGGCAGAUAGGUGUAUCAAUUAUACUAACAAUGCUGUUUGGAAUAUUCUCUCCCCACUUGGCAAACUCAAUGUUUUGGAUAGCAGGAGCCUUCUUCAGAUGGAAAGAUAGGUACUUUACAUGCAAUAAGAAAAGAACCAAACAGCUGUUUCAAGCGGAUUAUGAGCAGAUGUAUAUGGGUCCAGAGCUCUUGUUUGAAUAUCGCUACUCCACCAUGCUUACAACUGUUUAUGUAUCAUUAAUGUUCGGCACAGGGAUGCCUAUCUUAUACUCUAUUGCAUUCUUUGCAUUUUUCAUGUCAUAUUGGGUGGACAAGUGGACACUAUUGAGGAUCUAUCAGACUCCGCCAAGAUAUGACAAGGAUCUUAACAAAACAGUGAGAGAAUGGAUAAAUUUAGCUGUAAUCUUACACUUUCUAUUCAGCUUUUGGAUGUUUAGUAACUCUAUUAUUUUCGGAACUCGCCAAGAUACAAUCUUUGGGAUUAACAUCAGAUCAACCACAGAGGACAUAGACGAGGAUUACCCGUGGUUGCACAUGGGAGAUAGGGUUGCCCAAUACCACGUAGUGAUUUACUUGCUUGCUUUCGGAAUGUUUAUCAUCAUAUUUAUCCUUAAAAGCUUUGUGUUCAAGGCCAUAAAUAAAAUCUAUUCAACUUGAACCAGGAGCAAGACUGAUCAUCUGAUAGGAUUCUUUGAAGAUGAGUCCAAAGUUUUCUCGAACAACUAUUUCGAAUGUCUACAAAAGAACGAGUAUCAGAACCUCAGUAGGAAUUUAAGACAAGAUAAGCGCAGGUUGAAGAAAUUCAAAGCCUCUUUGAACACCGAAGAAGGUAAAAAUCGGGAAGAUUUUUCUCAAGAAGACCGCGGGCAUAUUGAUUGGCUUAUCCAAAGACUCAGGACUAAGCGUAAAGAUGCAGAGGUGGCCUACAAACAUAAGGAUGAAGACGGGACUAAGAUCAUUGAUCCUUCCUAUGAUAUCAGAGAUUUGAAGCCGUAUAAGUUCUAUAUUAACAAGCUGAAGAAGGAUAUGCUCAGCAAGUACGCUGAAGUAAGAAAUGAUUAAAAUUUUAACUCAACUAGGAUCUUGAAAA